AAUCAGGCCUUUCUGGAGAUGGCCUAUGUGGAGGCAGCUAAAGCCAUGGUUCAGUAUUAUCAACUGACUCCAGCCAUGAUAAACAAUCAGAAACUUCUCAUUCGAAUGUCCAAAAGAUACCAGGAGCUACAACUAAAGAAACCGGGUAAAGAUGUUCAGGCAAUCAUCCAAGAUAUUGCUUCCCAUUGGGAAAGAGAUGAAAUGCAAGAACCUCAGCAUUUGUUAAUCUGUUUGGCCCAAAAUUCCCCCGUACAUGACAGUGGCAAGGUUAUACAUAAAGGCCAUAAUGUCUGAGGUCAAAAAAGCGCCC